AUGGCCGGAUUGCUUAUUUUACCGGCCUCAGCUUUUUUUGAUCAAUUUUUUGCCCAACAGCAACGUCAACAGCAACAACCACAACGAUCUCAUGAGGAUGAGUAUCUUUCCAAGGAUUGCGGCAAGUAUUUAUGUCCAGACACAUUAGCAUGUGUAAGUAAACCAGUUGAUUGCCCAUGUCCAUUUCCGAACAGUCAGCAGAAAUGCGUGUUUCCUCCACACCCUAAUAAUGAUCACGACGAUGGUUCUUACAUCUGCAUAAGCAAAGGCAGCCGAGAUUGCAAAUUUGUGGUAGACGCGUACAAUGGAUUAGUUUAA